GCCUGCAUCGGCUGGGCUGGGUGUGGUUUUCAAAACUCAGUUCCGUUAGCAGGAAACGACUCUUAGGACCACCAGUACUUCUCAGAGCGACAAAGACGCACUGAAAAGUGAAACUUUGUCUUCGGGAUCUGGAAGAGAUUUGAGGAAAAGCUUUUUCACACGGGCGGUGGCGGUUGCUCACUCUUACGCGUGGACGUCGGCCGAUGGGAAAAAGUUUGGCUUUCUGUUGACUUCAUUGUAUCAGCUCAGUUUGUGACACAUCCGUGAGAGAAGAGACAAAAUACAGACAAAAUGCCGAAAACGAUCAGUGUUCGUGUGACUACGAUGGAUGCCGAGCUGGAGUUUGCCAUCCAACCCAGCACCACAGGGAAACAGUUAUUUGACCAGGUGGUGAAAACCAUUGGGUUAAGGGAGGUGUGGUUUUUUGGACUGCAGUACCAGGAUACCAAAGGCUUUACCACCUGGCUUAAACUCAACAAAAAGGUUACGGCUCAAGAUGUCCGCAAGGAGAGUCCAUUGCUGUUUAAAUUCAGAGCAAAGUUUUACCCUGAAGAUGUUUCUGAGGAGCUGAUUCAAGAGGCGACUCAAAGACUCUUCUUCCUUCAGGUGAAAGAGGGGAUCCUGAACGAUGAUAUCUAUUGCCCUCCGGAGACUGCAGUGCUGCUGGCGUCUUAUGCGGUGCAGGCCAAAUACACUGACUACAACAAGGAUGCCCACACUCCUGGAUACCUGUCUAGUGAGAAACUGCUCCCACAGAGAGUUCUGGAACAGCACAAGCUGAAUAAGGAGCAAUGGGAGGAAAGAAUUCAGGUCUGGCACGAGGAGCACAAGGGCAUGCUGAGAGAGGACUCGAUGAUGGAGUAUCUGAAGAUAGCUCAGGAUCUGGAGAUGUACGGUGUGAAUUACUUCAGUAUCAAGAAUAAGAAAGGAUCAGAGCUAUGGCUGGGUGUGGACGCCCUGGGACUCAACAUCUACGAGCAGAAUGACAAGAUGACGCCUAAAAUUGGUUUCCCCUGGAGUGAGAUCAGGAACAUUUCUUUCAACGAUAAGAAAUUUGUCAUCAAACCCAUUGAUAAAAAGGCCCCGGACUUUGUGUUUUACGCCCAGCGUUUACGCAUUAAUAAGAGGAUUCUGGCCCUGUGCAUGGGGAACCAUGAGCUUUAUAUGAGACGCCGUAAACCUGACACCAUCGAGGUCCAGCAGAUGAAGGCACAAGCCAAGGAGGAGAAGAACCACAAGAAGAUGGAAAGGGCCAUGCUGGAGGAUGAACGUAAGAAGAGAGAGCAGGCUGAAAAGGAGAAAGAGAAGAUUGAAAAAGAAAAAGAGGAGCUGAUGGAGAGACUCAAAAUCAUAGAGGAGCAGACGAGAAAAGCUCAGCAAGAGCUGGAGGAGCAGACCCGCAGGGCGAUGGAGUUAGACCAGGAGCGUAAACGUGCUCAGGAGGAGGCGGAACGCCUGGAACGGGAGCGCCGUCUGGCAGAAGAGGCCAAAGCGGCUCUGCUGCAGCAGUCUGAGAGCCAGAUGAAGAACCAGGAGCAUCUGGCAACGGAACUGGCAGAACUGACUUCUAAGAUCUCCCUGCUUGAAGAUGCCAAAAAGAAGAAAGAGGAAGAAGCAUCAGAGUGGCAGAUAAAGGCCACUCAGGUGCAGGAGGACCUGGAGAAGACUAAAGAGGAGCUGAAGAACAAAGUCAUGUCAGCCCAUGUCCCAGAGCCCGUGCAUGGUGAAAACGACAAUGAGGAGGGUGACGACAGCAGCGCAGAAGCCUCCGCAGAACUCACCUCUGCAGCGGCCUAUAAAGACAGGAGUGAGGAGGAGCGCAUGACGGAGGCUGAGAAGAACGAACGAGUGCAGAAGCAUCUGCUGGCUCUUACUUCUGAGCUUGCUAAUGCUCGUGACGAGACCAAGAAGACCCAGAACGACAUUAUCCAUGCAGAGAAUGUACGAGCAGGACGUGAUAAAUACAAGACGCUUCGUCAGAUCCGCUCUGGAAACACCAAACAGCGAAUCGACGAGUUCGAGUGCAUGUAAAUGCACCGCAGUCAGCCAACAGGGGGGAGCUACAGCCUGCCUUUUGCAUCAUUCCUGCAAAGGAACUACAGUAUCCACAAUGCACCACUCCAAGAGAAAAUAAAGCCAAAUAUAGAAUAAUGCUGCACAGUUCAAAAAUCCCUUUAAUUCAGGAGUGUUGUCUGGGUUACUGCAUUAUGAUAAGGGAGACUUAUUUUUUUGCAUCGUGUUUUGACCUAGAUGUAGCUUUUUUUAUUGGAAAACAUGAACGGUUCGCUGAUUAAUCGAACUAAAGGGUUUUAACUUCAGUGAAAUCGGGAUUUUGGUAGGAAUUUAAGUAUAAAAACAUUCCAGUGUUAGGAUAGAUUUCGGAAGCACUCCAGAGAGACAUGUCAGUGUGCCAAGACAGUAAUUCAAAUCCGUAUAGUUGAUACAUCAGAUUUCACAGUGCCAUUGUGAUGGUGUAAUAGCCUAGCUAUUGCUAUAACGUUGUAUCUAUGUGCCUUUCUAAUAAAACAACUACAGUAUAGAUUAAAACUCAUGGCUAUCUGCUCCCCAUCAACCACUCUGCCAAUUCCGGCAACCCUCAAGAGCAAAGGUGUGUGUGUGUGUGUGUGUGUGAGAGUGAGUGAGUGAGCAUGUGCGUGUGUGACCCUUGUUGAUAGUUCCUUUAGUUAUAGUUUCUCACUGCUGCAGGUUUGUGGCUGCUCCCUGUUUGUGCCUUUUCACUGAAAAGAAAAUAUCAAACUGUAUUUUUAGUUUAGUUUUUAAUCCUAUUCUUAUUUUAAGCUUUUUUUUUAAAUGAAGAGACUUUUGUUUUUGAGGCAUUUGAACUUUUUCGCAGUAUUAUUUUAAAGAAUCCUAUAAUAGAAUGACACUUAAAAACCAACUUCUGAAAUUUAAUUUCUCCCUUUAUUUCCAAACAGUAUUUACCCAGAGUGUACACAGUUUUACAUAGCCCUGCACUUAUAGGCAGUGCCUUAGUUGUUUUUGUGAUCUGUAUUCAUUUUAUUUUUAUUCGUGUGGCAAUAUGCUGCACUUAAGCAAUAUGUCCCCAGCUGCUUUGGAAGAAUUCUUCAUUCGGAUUUUAUUUUUGGAUACUUUCUAAACUGUUUUGAUAUAGAAGAACAUGGAUGUCCUGAUUAAAAAUAAGAAGCUUAUUCUUAUUAUAUACAGCGUUCUAGUUACCUGGGCGAUUUCCCGCCCUUAGGCUGCAGGUGGGUUUUUUUGUUUUGUUUUGUUUUUUUUUUGGUCAACCAAUCACAGAAAAAAAAUUGCUGCUUAAAACAUUUUCAUUGCAACUGUCAAUAAAAUAUUAAAAACAUCA